AGUUCUGACUGGCUGUUGGCUUUUGGAGGGAGAGGAGGAAGCAUAGAAUUCAUUGAUCUGCAUUCUGCAAGCUAGGCAGGCAGGAGGGCGGACAUAACGCUGUGGGUUGCUAGCUUGGCCACAUUCUCUCUGCAGAAGGAUAGUACAUAUUAUUUUGAAGUGUUGAGUUUACGUAUUUUUGUGUUCCUCGCAGACGCGUUGAAAGAACCAGUAAGUUUGUUGUGUGCUGAAGAGUAGUGUGUUGUCUUUCUUACUAACGCAAGAGAAGACUAAGGAAGACGACGCUCGCACUGCCAGCAACGAAGCUUGGUUCGUGAAGCGACUCGCACGAGUGUGCCGUUGGUACAGAGGUUUUCUAUGUGCUAGCCGUUUUUCCAUCAUCAGCCAAACUGUGGGGCUCAGGGGCUUUCUUCCUUCCGCCGCAGGGAAUGUAUUAUCCAGUAAGUGUUGCCCCAGCCUUUCCAGCCGGUGUUCCAGGUGGCGGUGGAGUAAGUACCGGCGGGACGAUGAAAAUUGAGGAAAUAAAGGAAGAUCCACUAGAUGUGAAAUAUCACAUGGUGCAAACGGGAAUGGCGACCCCUUACGCGACGCAGUACCCACAGAACGGGGAGGCGGGUCCGCCCAAGACGGAACCUGGGAAAGAAGGUCCUCCGGUCGCUGUCCCCCCAUUUUCACCGCCCACAGUCACACCAAAUGGUAUUGAACAACAAACUGUCAGCAUUCAAACAGAACCUGAAGCUGACACACCUGCUACACAGGGUGCCCCUCCUGUCACAUGUACCACUGUAGCUCUGCCAGGGGAAGCUGGUAAGAACCAGCCAAAGAGACUGCAUGUCUCAAAUAUUCCCUUCCGUUUCCGAGACCCAGAUCUUAGGACCAUGUUUGGGAUUGAUCUUGUUGAUGCAACUUGGAUUGUGGAUGCCAGACGUGGCUUGCGUGUGUGUGGAGAGAAAACAGCUUUUGUCAGGAUGUGCGUGCAGUGGCCUGAGGCAGCAGCUGCAGCAUUACGUGGAGUAGCAAUCCAACGGGGUCGCGCAAGAGCUACAUACCCUGCUGCUGCAGCCGCAGCUGCCGCGUUUGCUCGACAUCCCACCCCGCUAACAGCAGCUGCUGCGACCGCGUUGCAUGGAUACACACCUAGUGUCUACUACGAUCCUUUCUUAGCCGCACAUGCAGCCACUGCUGACCCUAAUUACAGAUUACAGGCUGGGAAUGCUGCAAAUGAGGCUGCUGCUGCUGCCGCUGCCACCCCGCUACUUAAAACCCCUCUGUCGACUGCCCAACAGGCAAGCUAUGCAGCAGCAGCAUCAUACACUGCAGUAGCAGCCCGUGCGUAUGGUGCAGCGGCCGCUGCUGCCCAGCCCGUAGCGGGCUAUGCUGCUGUUGCUGGAUAUGGCCGUGAAUAUGCAGAUCCUUACCUUGGGCAUAGCAUAGGUCCUGUUGCUGGUUAUGGAGCUGCAGUUUAUAGGAGUGGCUACAAUCGAUUUGCUCCAUACUGAACUACAUGAAGAGGAAAAUAAUUUCAAGUGACAAAUUACUUCAUCUCAUCGUACUACAUGACAACAUUCACCUUGCCUCAUCAUUGUCAUCAUUUUCCAGUACCCAUAAUAAUUAUAAUUAAUUUCCCCUACUUGUACAACAUCGUUGUCUACUAACACAAGAUCUGAAGCAGAUGAAGAAAUAUCACAUUUCUUUUGCGUCCCAUGAAUGUGAAAAAGGACAUGCAAAUCCAUGUAAAUGAGAAUAAAGUUCGGCAGCUAGCUGUAGUUAAAUCUGGAUCCAAGCUGCUUCUUCAAAACCGUUUUGGGAAAUACCCAAAUGUUGUAUUGUGAAGGAGAAAAACAAUAGAAAAAUGUAUCUCUCUUGUCAUCAUUUGUUCGCAUCAAAUUCUUGUUUUAGUUUGUUAUUGAUUUAUUAUUCAUACUGUUACAAACUUGUAGGGUCUGCAUGGAAAGACAUUGGCAGCAUUAGUCUUCAUAAUAGUGGAAUAAUUGUUUGUUAAUUCAAAUUCUGAUAUGGGAUUGGAAUAAAAAACUGUUACGCUGACCAAUGGGAUGCACAUUUGCUAGUCCCGCUAUUAAUGGAAGAAGACACAAGUUACUUACAUGUUCAAAAUUCAUGACUCCUCUUUCAUUUUAUCAAAUAUAUUUUUGAUGUUGCUAAUUACAUGAUUAGAUUCAGAAUCUAUGUUUCUUUCUAUUAAGAAAGACCUAAUCAUUUUGUUCCUCAAAGCCAUUUUGCCAGAAAGAUAAAAGAUGCGCAACACCAAUCAUUUUAACUGAGAUGUAUUUGAGGACUAAGUCCUGCUGUGGGUUGAGUGCAGGAAGACCUCCCCCUUACUAUAUGGCUUGCCUGGAAACCAAAUUAGGCAUUUGAAACAGUCUUGUUAGAAUGUUGAAUUUGGUAAUAGUUACUUCAGCACAUUGUUAAGUGUCUUCUUAUUUGACGUGUAAUUAUUAUUAUUAUUGUUUCUAGUUUGUAAAAUAUUUUGAAUCUCAUGUGUGAUCGAGUGAAAUUAUUUAACCUUUAUAUAAUUUCUCUGAAGCCAUUUCUUCGAAGUGUACUUUGAAUAGUUAUGAACAUCCACACUGGUACAAUAUACUUGCUCCACAAAUUACUGGUAGACAACAGAAUUGUCUAGAAGAGUCAAAACAGUUUUAUGCAUAAUUGCAAUGAAGCACUAGUUAGUGAGUUUUAAUUUUAAGUUUGAAACUUGUAAGACUAGCUUGCUGAUGUUUGUGAUGCAUCUAUUAACAAACAUUUCAAUUCUUUAAAGAUUUACAAUAAGUAUGGAGUGUAUAACUGAUUUCUUGAAUUUUUAAAAAAUGUUUGUUCUUUCGUUGUCUUGCGGAUUCUUGUGCAGUAUAUAAAAUAUAUUUGUAGUAAAAGAUGUUUGUGCUGCAAAUGUAUGUGUAAAAUUUUCGGGUUUCAUGUAAACAUGCAUAAAAGUUUGUUUACCAAUACAGCUUGAGUAGUUUAUAAAUAGAAAAAUGGAGCUUGUAUUCAGUGUGGAAUCAUUCCACCAGAAUUUGAAUUGAUAAGUUGUGCAUGGAAGACCUACUCAAUGUGUUCGUAAAUGCAAUCAAAACAUUUUCAGAGAACUGGCUGUUGUUUAAUGUCUAGAAAGUGCCAUUAUCAUGAUGUUUAGAGCAAUGCAAGAAGAUCCAUGAAAUUGUUUUAUUUGUAUAAUACGUUAAUUGAGGUGAUAUGCAAGGAUGGAAGCGUGUGGGUGAAUAUUUUUACAUGAAACUUCCCUUGUUUGAAAGCCAUGCAACUUAUUUAUGUAUGUUUGGAAAUUAAAAAUCCAAUUGAUGUACGAAGUUUCAGUAUGGGGGAGUAUAUCUUCCAAGAAAUGUUAAAGACAAGGGAUGUAGAGUUCAGAAACGGACAUAUCGGUUAAACUACUUUUUAAUCAGUGUUUGUACCUCUAUAAAUACAGACUUAAGCCAAGUUUUUCAUGAAAAGCUCUCUCUUUAAAUAGAAAAUAUAUUAUAAAAAUGCAACUCUUUGUACGGAUGCCAGAAAACAUGGAUGACUGAUAUGCGUGUACGGAACUGAUUAUGUGGUUAAAUUGUGAUGUAUGUUAAAGACUUUAGAAUUUCAUAGGUUAGUUAUAAGGAAAAAUGAAGAAAGAAAAGAUAUUGUAAUAAUAUGUAUUCUGCUUUGUGAUUCUUUGUCCUCCUUUUUCAAAGUCUCUAUUAUUAGAGAUUGUUUUUAGAUGUGCGAUAUGAAGGAUUUAGUUUGCUAGCUUGUAGAUUAUUCUCUUAGAAUACUUAGGAAUACUACCACUGUAAGUAUCAUUACAACUCCAGGCAGUAUGGUUGGAGUUUGUUUUAUAUUGAACACUCAAAAAAUGAAUCUUGCAAUCACAAAAUGGAAGUUGGGAAUAUGGUUUUCUUCCUCAUGAUAAAACCAUUUUAAAAGUCUUGUAUUGAUUUCAUAUGUAAUGGUGUGUGUGUGUGUCACACUUAGUUCACAACAUAUUGGUCUCUCCAAUAAGAAUAUGUCAAUGAAAUUGAUUUUGGCUGUUGUCAAAAAGUUGCUUUCCUUUUCUACCAAGUGGCAUUCAUCAACCAAAGACAUGACCAGUAUUUCAUCUGCUCAAUUUCCAGACCUACACUUACUUGCAAAGCCAUUGUCCUCAAGAUUUGCAUUAUACACAACUACACUUGCUCGCUCGAUCACUUGUCUCACUUUUUAUUAUUACAAAACUUAAUUUAUAGGGUAAUGUUGUAUAGAUUAUGUAGAGCAGGGUGUUAAAGAAGAAAUACUAUAAAACAAGAAUACAGAAUGUCUUCCGUUUUGGCACAAUUUGAGGAUAACUUUUUUGCACAUUGGUUGAAAACUUGAACUUCAAGUAAGCACAAAGUAGAAGUUUUUAUAUGUAAUGCGAUCCCUGUUCUGUUCAUUGUCAUGAGUUUUUAAUUUCUUAUAAUGAAAAUUAUUUCUUUCAAGGAGCAUAUUGUUCCAAUUAUGUUCAGAUAAAUAUGGAAUAUGAAUUAUGUAAUGUCCAUCAGAGACUAUUUAGAAACAAAAGUGCACAUGCAAAUAAAUGAUUACAUAAAGCUGUGUAGUGUAUUUUUAAUUUGGAGUGUACAACAGAACUGAGGUUGAUAUACACUACUUUCAUUGAAAGUUAGUUAUUUCCUUAGUCUCUGCAUGAGUGUGUUGGACAGAUGGGAAUCUCAGCCGAAAUUGUACAAAGUCUUAUCAGUUGUUACUUGCCGUAUCGUGUCUGUGUAUUCAUGGAAUAAAACAUAUUAUGAAAUUUCAAAUAUGUUUUACUUUAGAAAGUGGACAUAUUAAAUUAUGUACAUUAUCUACCAAACAGAUUCAAAGUGGUAGAUGAAACAAGGUAAAAAUCCAGUGUGGGUUUUUGUCAUCUUCCUUUCCAAAACAAGUCCUACC